AAUAACACGUGUUAUCAACACUGGAGCCCAGCUCCUUUGCUGGAGCAAUUGUAAGGUUGACAGUUUAAAGUUUUUCAGCCCUAAUGAUAUUUUGUUUCUUAAGAGAUAUCUAAAAUGUACUUAACAUCGAAUGUAUCACGGUCCUCAUCUGUUGCACUUCGUUUGCAGAAAGCUCAUCCUCCACAUUUUGUUGGUAUAGAUUACACUCGACUGCAAGAUUUAUGUAACCUCAAGAGGCUCUGUGAGAGGAGCAAUUUGCAGUCCACAGACGAGGCCCAUGACAUUUUUAUGAUGUAUUAUCCAAAACUAUUUCUCCAGCCUAAGAAAGUUCUGCCCAGUAUACCUCAGUCAGACUCCAAAUUACUGAAGACCAGUCAAAGAGAAGCAUCUCAAAUAUCCAAGAGACAGGGCCAGUACCAGAUGGGAAAGAAACUGAUGGACCCCAUCAGAACCAGCAGUAACCAGGCAGGCUUGGUCAUAAGGGUGCUGAAAAAAAUCCCUAUAGAGAGGACGCAAGCUGAGCACCAGGCUGUCCUCAGGCUGCUGAGAGGAUUCCCUGGUGUCACUGGCCAGCUCUCACAACAGGAGCUGCGGCAGCUGAGCUCCCUUGUGAUCACGGAGUCCUGGGAGAAAGGUCAAACCAUAUUUGGAAAUAAUGGAUUUUAUGUUAUACUGAAAGGAUCUGUCAAAUCACAAACCCAGCAGGACAAGAAGCAAACUGAAGAACAAAAUACUGUGCUAGGUUUUGGUUGUUGUUUCGGAACUCUGGAAGAAGUACAGAACUAUGAAUCAAACAGGGUUCUGUGUUUCACUGCACAAGAAAACUGUGAAAUCCUUAAAAUAUCCCAUCGGGAUUACGCCACAAUAAAAAAGGAAAAUUAUAUUUUUGCUUAUCAGGAGAUUGCUUCACGUGAUCAAGCAAUGAAGGAGGAUCUCAUUCGACAGUGUCCCUUCUAUGAACAGUGGCCUAAACUCUCCAUUAGUAAACUGGCCACUCUGAUAGAGAUGAGAAAUCUGCCUGCUAGUUAUGGUAAAACAUGUUUCAUACAUUCCCUGUAGCUCCAUAAUCUGAUCUGAUAAUGCAUAAGCCAGUGACAUAGAAACUGGCUUGAUUACAUGUUUUAUUUGAAUUGAGAAAUGUCAUUAGGAAUUUCAAUCUAGAGAAUCUGUUUUUUAUUGUCUGUAGUAUAUUCAGUGUUACAUGAUAAUGAGUGUCUGGGACAAACUGUCCAGCCAUGUUGCUAAGCAGAUUCCCUUGGAAAUGGCUGAAUAAUCCUUUCUUAUUUUCAUAUGCCCUUCUUUUGUGCAGUUGGUUUAAUGAUGAUUUCCUAAAAUGUACAGUUGCUUCUGAGGACAUCCCAGAGGUGUCUGCUUUGUAAUUCUGAAUCAUGUGGCUGUUAUGUUUAGUCUGUUCACUGAAGGAAGGGUUCAGGUCUGAUUCCUGCAAUGUUUGGGCUUGGGGAAUUUUGGAGGUACCUGGAGAUAUUGAUCCUAAUAUUGAGGAUUGAGCUAACCAGAGAAGUUCGAAGGCUGAGGGGGGCAAUCUUUUAAGUGGUAAACAGGAUCGCCACAGUGGUGGUGGACUGAAAGUGACUGUGACAGUGAAUGCAGUGGACAGGCAUUAACCUUAUUUAAUCCACCAGAGCUGAAUCAGUCGCAACAGCGUUGGGCUGUUGAUGAUGUGACUCCUGGCUUGCAGCUGACGAGCGGUGUUGUUGAAACCCUGGCAGACUCUGGUCCUCCGGAGAUCAGGGUACAAGGAUGGGGUACAAGGACUAGGUAACAGAGGGGAGUUACAUUGAGCAGCAGAGACUGGGUUUGUUUUCAGGAACCACAGUGGACUGGUAAAGCUGAACAAACCAACAGGCUGGUUCCGGAACUGGCUGUCAGGUAAGGGCGGACCAGAGAGACAGUUGUAGUCAAAGCUGAAGCAGACUGUCAACUGGGGAAGCAACUAAUGUCAUCUCUGUCUUAUGUCGGCUCUGGCAAUUUUAGCAGAGACUGGCUAAUGACUAGGGCUGAUGAUAUUGGAAAAACACUUGUUGUCUGAGGCAUAGACCGGUUUUGGGAUCCGCAAUCCUAAAAGAGAACUCCUGCACAUCCAGUGGUGAUUGCGUUGAUGUCAGUACUGCCACUGGCAGCUGAAUGAGCUCAAUGACAGAGCACCCCUUAUGUAGUUCUUCAGGAUUAAAAAGUUGAAUAGUUGAUGAGUGUGUGAGUGGUAGAGGGAGAAGAUGCCCAAAAGUUGGCCUUUUCGCAUCCUUUGAGGAUGACUGGCUCCUCAUGGGAAUAUUUCGGUCUCCCUUGGCAACCAGUUUGUAAGAGUUGCAAUAAUAAGAGUGGCGGGUUUUUUGAGAUUUCAUGAGGACAUCGAAACUGUAACUCAUGCCUUUUUGCACUCUAGAUAAUCGUCUAAUUUACAUUUUUUUUUUCAUUCAUCUUUUCUUGCUGCCUGCAAUGCAUAUGUAGGGUCUUAAUUAGUAGAAGUUUUGUACAGGGAACAGUCUGUUAACUAGAGCCCAGUGGCACUUUGGUGAUCAUUAACCCCACGUAUGAGAUCCAUACACACUU